UGCCACCCCGAUCCCCAUCUCACAAACAGCACCGUACCCUGCGCCUGCGGUCACAUGGUGGUCGCUGCACGUGGGCCCAACUAAUCCAACCUGGACCCCAGUCAUCCCAUGUCUUGUUCCACUUUACUCACGCACUCUCGCACCUCGUUGCACACGUGGCCAAACCGCUUUUGACUUUUACCCUUGACUUUACGCCACUAAUCAUCGUCGAUAAAAUGCACCCACACCUCCCCUCUCCUGACCACCACCACCACGGCCGCCGGUGAUCGCCGGAGCAAUCCCCAUCCAUGGCGGCCAUCCGCCGAUUCCGCCCUGCCCUCCUCCUCGCGGCGAUCCUCCUGCUCGCCGCCGGCGCUGUCGAGGGGAAGAAGGGCGGGAAGGUGGACGUGGCGCUCUACUACGAGUCGCUGUGCCCCUACUCGGCGAUGUUCGUGGUGGGCAGCCUCGCCAAGGUCUUCAGGGAUGGCCUCCUCGACGCCGUCGACCUCUCCCUCGUCCCCUACGGCAACGCCCGUGUCAAGGACGGCAAAAUCUCCUGCCAGCAUGGAAGCGAGGAGUGCUUCCUGAACACCGUGGAGGCUUGCGCCAUCGAUGCAUGGCCGGAUUUGAGAGUGCAUUUCCGUUUCAUCUACUGCGUGGAGGACCUGGUGGUGAACCACAAGCAACGGGAGUGGGAAUCCUGCUUCGGGAAGCUCAACCUCGAUCCCAAGCCUGUCACCGACUGCUACAAGGGCGAACGCGGCCACCAGCUCUCGCUCAAGUAUGGAAGACAGACUGACGCUUUGCAGCCUCCCCACAAGUACGUUCCCUGGGUGGUCGUCGACGGUCAGCCGCUCUACGAGGAUUACGAGAACUUCGAGGCUUACAUCUGCAAGGCCUACAAGGGCCAUCCUCCCAAGGUGUGCGAGGGGCUGGCCCGUCCUCCGACUCCGACUGUGCUUGAGGUAGCGGAGGCAGUCAAUAGAGUCAGCUAUUACGACUCCGGUGAUAUCAGGCUUAAGCCUGAUGAAGAUGGCCACGCCAAGAUCAAGAAGGUGGUUCCAGAUGAUGAUGAUUGAAUGAUGGGGGGAAGAUAUCAACAUAGGCAGUCCCAUGUUUCUGUCUAGGCUAUAGGACAUAGUUCAUCCAGUAAUAAUGAAGUGCCGUUCAAAAAAAAAUGGUAAUAACAAAGAGAUUAAGUUUAUAUAUUGUGCAUUUGUGCUGAUUAAUUUGUCCCGCUCACCAUUCCAUGCCUCAGCACUAGCACUAGAAAUGCUUUAGCAUACCUGAGGAAAAAUGCACCGCAAGUUCUAUAAAACUCUUCAGUUUGUGAAUAAAGUUCAAUUUUAUUUGUUUGGCA